UGAGGGGGCAACGUGACCACGUGACAUUCACCCUUCUCCCACAAUCCACCGCGGUUCACGUUUGGAUCCUGAGCUGAGUGUCAAACCCAAGAUGGCGCUUCAUCGGUUAUACCAGCUGUCCUCCCUGCUGCGCUCGGCCGUCAGCCUGACCCUGCGCAGGAACAUCGGGGUGUCUGCAGUUGUCCUCAAGGAGCUCGACCCCGUCCAGAAACUGUUCCUGGAUAAGAUCCGGGACUACAACACCAAGAGCAAGACUGCUGGUGGCAUCGUGGAUGGCGGCCCUGGUUAUCAGAAGAACGUCACGGAGGAAGUAACAAAACUGCAGAGGCUAUACGGCGGUGGAGACUUCAACAAGUUCCCCGACUUCAAAUUCCCAGAGCCCAAGCUUGACGAAGGAGCUAAGUGAACGAUGUCCAUGUUGUAUAUCUCAUCCAAUGACCCAAUAUGUUGUAUUUAAUAAAAAGAAAGUGGACUGAAA